AUGGAUACCCCUGGGUUUGUGAACCUUCUCAAUAACCAAACUUCUUACAACCUAGAUUCACCCGAACCUGUUUGGUUUAGUACCGAGCAGUCUGUAGUCAUGGAUAACACCCCUGUUUCUGAUCCGCCAGCUUCCAAGGAGAGGAGAAAAUGGUCUCUCAAAGAGGAUAGAAUCCUCAUAAGCGCUUGGCUUAACACGAGUAUAGACGCUGUGGUCGGCAAUGAGCAGAAGGCUCCUCAUUUCUGGAAGAGAAUUGUAGAGUACUACAACUCAAGCUGUCAUCUGGUAGGGACAAUACCUAGAGAGCUUGGUCAGUGCAAGCAAAGGUGGGCUCGGAUUAACGAGCUAGUAUGCAAGUUUGUUGGUAGCUAUGAAGCGGUCUUGAGGGAGCAGAGGAGUGGGUAA